UGCCAAGGCACAAGCAACAAGCUCACCCAGCUGGGCACUUUCGAAGAUCACUUUCUGAGCCUCCAGCGGAUGUUCAACAACUGUGAGGUGGUCCUUGGGAAUCUGGAGAUCACCUAUGUGCAGAGGAACUACGACCUUUCCUUCCUAAAGACCAUCCAGGAAGUGGCCGGUUAUGUCCUCAUCGCCCUCAACACAGUGGAGAGAAUUCCUUUGGAAAGCCUGCAGAUCAUCAGAGGAAAUGUGUACUAUGAAAACUCCUACGCCCUGGCAGUCUUAUCCAACUAUGGUGCAAAUAAAACCGGACUGAGGGAGCUACCCAUGAGAAACUUACAGGAAAUCCUGCAUGGCGCCGUACGAUUCAGCAACAACCCUGUCCUGUGCAAUGUGGACACCAUCCAGUGGCGAGACAUCGUCAGCAGUGACUUCAUGAGCAACAUGACUAUGGACUUUCAGAACCAUAUGGGCAGUUGCCAAAAGUGUGAUCCAAGCUGUCCCAACGGGAGCUGCUGGGGCGCAGGAGAGGAGAACUGCCAGAAGCUAACCAAAAUCAUCUGUGCCCAGCAGUGCUCAGGGCGCUGCCGCGGCAAGUCUCCCAGCGAUUGCUGCCACAACCAGUGCGCUGCAGGCUGCACAGGGCCCCGGGAGAGUGACUGCCUGGUCUGCCGCAGGUUCCGGGAUGAGGCCACCUGCAAGGACACCUGCCCACCACUGAUGCUCUACAACCCUACCACGUACCAGAUGGACGUCAACCCCAAGGGCAAAUACAGCUUUGGCGCCACCUGUGUGAAGAAGUGUCCCCGUAACUAUGUGGUGACAGAUCACGGCUCCUGUGUCCGUGCCUGCGGCUCCGACAGCUACGAGGUAGAAGAGGACGGAGUCCGCAAGUGUAAGAAGUGUGAGGGGCCUUGUCGCAAAGUUUGUAACGGAAUAGGAAUUGGUGAGUUUAAAGACACUCUCUCCAUAAAUGCUACAAAUAUUAAACACUUCAAAAAUUGCACCUCCAUCAGCGGUGAUCUCCACAUCCUGCCGGUGGCAUUUAAGGGUGACUCUUUCACACGUACGCCUCCUCUAAAUCCAAAGGAGCUGGAUAUUCUAAAAACUGUCAAGGAAAUAACAGGGUUUCUGCUGAUUCAGGCUUGGCCUGAAAACAGGACUGACCUCCAUGCUUUUGAGAACCUGGAAAUCAUACGUGGCAGGACCAAGCAACAUGGUCAAUUUUCUCUUGCUGUUGUUGGCCUGAACAUAACAUCCUUGGGUUUGCGCUCCCUCAAGGAGAUCAGUGAUGGAGAUGUGAUCAUUUCAGGAAACAAAAACUUGUGCUAUGCAAAUACAAUAAACUGGAAAAAACUAUUUGGGACCUCCAGUCAGAAAACCAAAAUUAUAAACAACAGAGGUGAAGACAACUGCAAGGCCACGGGCCAUGUCUGCAAUUCCUUGUGUUCGUCAGAGGGCUGCUGGGGCCCAGAACCCAGGGACUGUGUCUCCUGCCGUAAUGUGAGCCGUGGCAAGGAGUGCGUGGACAAGUGCAACGUGCUGGAGGGCGAGCUACGGGAGUUUGUGGAGAAUUCCGAAUGCGUACAGUGCCAUCCGGAGUGUCUGCCCCAGGCCAUGAACCUCACCUGCACGGGACGGGGACCGGACAGCUGCAUCCAGUGUGCCCACUACAUCGAUGGCCCUCACUGUGUCAAGACCUGCCCGGCAGGCAUCAUGGGAGAAAACAGUACCCUGGUCUGGAAGUAUGCAGAUGCCAGCCACGUGUGCCACCUGUGUCAUCCUAACUGCACCUACGGAUGUGCUGGGCCAGGUCUCGAAGGCUGUGGGCCCAAGAUCCCAUCCAUUGCCACUGGGAUCGUGGGGGGCCUCCUCUUGCUGGUGGUGGUGGCCCUCGGGGUCGGCCUCUUCAUGCGAAGGCGCCACAUCGUCCGGAAGCGCACCCUGCGCAGACUGCUGCAGGAGAGAGAGCUUGUUGAACCACUUACACCCAGUGGAGAAGCUCCCAACCAAGCUCUCCUGAGGAUCUUAAAGGAAACCGAAUUCAAAAAGCUCAAGGUGCUGGGUUCAGGAGCAUUUGGCACUGUGUAUAAGGGACUCUGGAUCCCAGAAGGCGAGAAAGUUAAGAUUCCUGUGGCUAUUAAGGAACUGAGAGAAGCAACGUCUCCGAAAGCCAACAAGGAAAUUCUUGACGAAGCCUAUGUGAUGGCCAGCGUGGACAACCCACACGUGUGCCGCCUGCUGGGCAUCUGCCUGACAUCCACCGUGCAGCUCAUCACACAGCUCAUGCCCUUUGGCUGCCUCCUGGACUACGUCAGGGAGCACAAGGACAACAUCGGCUCCCAGCACCUGCUCAACUGGUGUGUGCAGAUUGCGAAGGGCAUGAACUACCUGGAAGACCGGCGCUUGGUGCACCGCGACCUGGCAGCCAGGAACGUGCUGGUGAAGACUCCCCAGCAUGUCAAGAUCACAGAUUUUGGGCUGGCCAAGCUGCUCGGUGCUGAGGAAAAGGAAUACCAUGCAGAAGGAGGCAAGGUGCCUAUCAAAUGGAUGGCAUUGGAAUCCAUUUUACACCGAAUUUACACCCACCAAAGUGAUGUCUGGAGCUAUGGAGUCACCGUUUGGGAGCUGAUGACCUUUGGGUCCAAGCCAUAUGAUGGAAUCCCUGCCAGCGAGAUCUCCUCCAUCCUGGAGAAAGGAGAGCGCCUCCCCCAGCCGCCCAUAUGCACCAUUGAUGUCUACAUGAUCAUGGUCAAGUGCUGGAUGAUAGAUGCAGACAGUCGCCCAAAGUUUCGAGAGUUGAUCCUUGAAUUCUCCAAAAUGGCCCGAGACCCCCAACGCUACCUUGUCAUUCAGGGGGAUGAACGCAUGCAUCUGCCAAGCCCCACAGACUCCAAUUUCUACCGCGCCCUGAUGGAUGAAGAAGACAUGGACGACGUGGUGGAUGCCGACGAGUACCUGGUCCCGCAGCAGGGCUUCUUCAGCAGCCCCUCCACAUCACGGACGCCCCUCCUAAGCUCUCUGAGUGCGACCAGCAACAAUCCCACCGUGGCUUGCCUCAAUAGAAAUGGGCUGCAGGGCUGCCCAGCCAAAGAAGACAGCUUCUUGCAGCGAUACAGCUCAGACCCCACUGGUGCCUUGACUGACGACAGCAUAGAUGACACCUUCCUCCCAGUGCCCGAAUACAUAAACCAGUCUGUUCCCAAAAGGCCUGCAGGCUCCGUGCAGAACCCCGUCUAUCACAAUCAGCCUCUGAACCCAGCUCCUGGUAGAGACCUGCACUACCAGAAUCCCCACAGCACCGCAGUGGGCAACCCUGAGUAUCUCAAUACCACCCAGACCACCUGUGUCAACAGUGUACUUGACAGCCCCGCCCACUGGGCACAGACAAGCAGCCACCAAGUUAGUCUGGACAACCCGGACUACCAGCAGGACUUCUUUCCCAAGGAAGCCAAGCCAAAUGGGAUCUUUAAGGGUCCCACAGCUGAAAAUGCAGAAUACCUAAGGGUGGCACCGCCAAGCAGUGAGUCUAUUGGAGCAUGACCGUGGAGGACAGCGCUGGCCAUAAACACCCAGACUCCUCGGAUAUCUGGGCCAAGCCCCAGUGGCUCUUCAGGUCCUCAUGGCCAUGCCCAUGUCAGCACUCAGCCCCAUGGCUGUUCUGCCACGUCUGCUCCAGUGGGGCCCUCUCUCAACCAGGAGGUGCCC